AUGGCUCUUUUGCCUAUCCUGCACUCAUGGAGGAAGAAGAGUCGUCGUCAGUGGCCUACAUGCGAAAUGGGAGCCGCUCAGAAGCCCAGCAGUCUUAGCCAGCAGAAUUACCAAACUUUGCUGGAGGAAUGCUUGAAGAAACGAUGCCUGUUUGAGGACGAGUUCUUCCCAGCCGAUAUUAGGUCCAUUGGAAAGGGACCAUUGCUCCAGAAACUACCUCAGAGGUUACUGUGGAAAAGACCACUGGUAAGUGAUGGAAAUUUCCGGAAAGGGUUGGUUUGGAGAGCUGCACGCCACAUUCUCAGAGGGAUUGGAUGGAUGGCCUGUGGUUCAUGGGUAGAACAUAUGCUUUGUGCAUAGAAAGCGUGAAUCAGGCUGCAUUUGACAACACCUAAGACACACAGGGAUGGGUAAGCAAACAGUAGCAAUUUCUGCUCUUGUUUCUGUUGGAAUUCUCUGACAUCCCUACUUUGCACACAAAGGGAGCACUUUGUACAAAACUGCCAUUAGGCCACAGGGUGUUAUUCUCACAGUGGUUUCACAGGCCUUGUUUUCCAUUGAAUGGCAUACCGCUGUUCAAAAUUGGGGUGCUCGGUUUUUGGUCCUGAGCUCUCAUGGAAGGCAACUGACUCAUGCAAGGGCACUGGACAAAAAAUAUGGGACAUUUUGGCAUCCAAUCAGAAGCCAGGAUGGCUUCUGUAAUUCUGGGACAACCAGCUCAAAUUGGGAAGGUUGAGGGGUAUGGCAUGAAUGUAUGAAACCUUCUGGCUUGGCAUUUCCUUAUAAGACUGCUAUUUUCUUUUAACCUUUCAGGAACUGCAUAGGACCCCAGUGUUUUACGCAUCGAACAAAAAAAGGCUUGAUCUGUGCCAAGGAGUGAUAGGUAAGGACCUUUGUCUGCGUGUCACAAGUAUCUCCUGGAAUCCUAAACCCUCUUACUAGGGAGUAAACCCCAUUGAACACGAAAAGAUCUGCUUCCAAACAAAUAUGCACUGGAUUACUUCUCGGGUUUUCUGCUGUAUUUUGUACAAUAUUGCCCCAUUCUCAGGCAGACCCCUCCCCCAGCCCUCCUACCUGAGACACCAGAUUGAACAUCAGACCUUGAUCCAUAAGCAGCUAGACAGAACCAGCAGAGCUAAUCCAACAAUACAAUUUCUACAUUUGUUGUUUUUUGUUUAUAUUUUACGCAUGAUAGAAUAAAAUGAAUUUAAGGGGAAAACCCUUCACUCAUGCCCUGUUGGGUUCCAGGCCAAACAUUUCAACACGGAUAUUUGCAUGGAUGGAAAUUGUGCGGCGGCAGAAUAAAAUUUUAGGUACUGGCACAUAAUUCCAAAGUGCUCUGUUUCAUGGAAGGUUUGCUCCCUAAUCUAAUUUUAAGUUCAAUAAAGAAGUGGCAAAAUCACCCUUGAAUGUGAAAUCAGGUCUACAUAAUAAGGCAGGCACCAAAACAAGCCUGUUCUAAAUUAUCCAGUUACAUGCUAACGAUAUAGUUAAUAAGUAUUCAAACUUACAUUGCUUAAGUCCUCUGAAAUAGGUUUGUAUUUUAUUCCGGUUUCAUACUUGCUUUUAAUGUUUGCAUAGCUAUGUAAGUUGCUUUGGGUCACUCCUUAUGAAAUUAAAAAAGAUGAAUAAAUGCUAAUAAUGAUGUUAAUAAUGCUGUUUACAUGCAGUUAUUUUAUGUUGUCGUGUUUUGAAUAGAGGACUGCUGGUUUCUGGCUGCCGUGGAAGCGUUAUCAUUUCACCCAGAUAUCUUGUCUCGGGUCGUGCCCAUGAACCAAAGCUUUGAGAGGAAGAAGUAUGCUGGGAUAUUCCAUUUCAAGGUAAGCAUCACCCUCGGCAAAGCUGAUACGGCAAAGGUCUCCUAAGGUGCUUUCAGGUUUCGCUGUUUUCAAGCAGGAUCCAACCCAUGCUGUCCAAUUCGGGUUGUGUAAUCACUUUCAUAGGUAUUCUGAGCAUUCAAAGGCAAAAACCACCUUUGUGAGAUGCAGCGCCUUGUGUUUGAAUUUGACUAUCCAUUGUGGCCAUUCGAUGAAGUUCAGUGCUCCUGUUUGAAGCCGACGCCCUUGCCGCGUUUCCAAACCCACGCCCUGGUGGCACAGCUGGGGUUUGUAUGAUCCAAGCUCUUCUGUUCUUGUUUUGCUCUUUUUGUCUCUGGUCUACUUCUCUCAGUCAUCCAUCUAUCACGCUGAAGCAGUAAGUCAGAAAAAUCUCCUCAUGUUUUCCUAAAGCACCAGCUGAUGGGUCGAUGAUGACUAAGUGUGAAGGCAUGUCAGGGCUAUAGCUGAGUCAUGGCUUCAGUCCUCUCUUUAAGAAUGGCCUCUUAGAAACGUGAUCACCUGCUGAAGAAGAUUCAUGCCCUCUUUUCUUUCCCAGUUCUGGCAUUUUGGCGAAUGGGUUGAUGUGGUAGUCGAUGACCGACUGCCAGUGAACGAAGCCGGACAGCUUGUUUUUCUCAGUUCCGUUUAUAAGAACCUGUACUGGGGAGCUCUUCUGGAAAAGGCUUAUGCCAAGUAAGUGGGCCUUCCUGCAUUCCACAUUGACUCUCGCUAUGAAAUGGGGUCCAUAUACAGUGGUACCUCUGGAUGCGAACGGGAUCCGUUCCGGAGUCCCUUUGCAUCCUGAAGCGAACGCAACCUGUGCUGGUUGCGAUUCACUGCUUUCACGCAUGCGCGUGACAUCAUUUUGUCCGUCUGCGCAUGCGCGAGUGGCGAAACCCAGAAGUAAUGCACUCCGUUAUUUCUGAGUCACUGCGGAGCGUAACCUGAAAACGCUCAACCCGAAGAACAUUAACCUGAGGUAUGACCCUCUCUCUCUCUCUGUGUGUAUAUAUAUGUGUGUGUGUGUGUGUGUGUGUGUGUGUGUGUGUAUAUAUAUAUAUAUAUAUAUAUAUAUAUAUAACCUGUUCAUCCUUGUCUCAUCCCUUUGUAACUUGAUUGUAGGGAUGGGCAACCUUUUCGAACUCGAGGACUGCAUUCCUCUCUAGGCAACCUCCCAAGGGCCACAGGCAUAAAGGUGGGCGGGGCCAGCAUGAAAAGUGGGAGGAACAAGUAAUGCGAAUUUUACCUUUGUACAGUAGGCUAGUUUCCACACCCACCCAUCCACCCUCUCUAUCUUCCAUCCAGAUAAGCAGCAAGCAUGGUCAGAGUUCAAGGAUGCAUUCCAUCCAGGCAUAAACACUCAAGGAGGGCUGCAUAGGGGGCGUGGAGGGCCAUACUUGGCCCCUGGGUCUAAGGUUCCCCAUCUCUGCCCCAUUGCAAUAAUCAAUAGAGUGUCAUAUAUCUAUAAUGCUUGGCAUAUUUUUAUUGACAGGCUGUGUGGCUCUUAUGAAGACCUGCAGAUUGGGCAAGUGUCCGAAGCUCUGGUGGACUUCACAGGUGGAGUUACUAUGACGAUCAAGCUGUCUGAAGCUCCGCCUGACCUCUGGGAUAUCAUGACAAGAGCAAACUACAGCAGAUCUCUGAUGGGUUGCCAGACACAGCCAGCCAGGAGAGUGGCAGAUAAGGUAUGCAGCGUCCAGGUCAGUUUAUGUGGGGAGAGGUGUUUCUGAGGUGCUGGAGCCACAUAAGGCUUUUAUAAAUCAAAACCAUUACUCUGAAUUGGGCCCAGAAACUAUGUGGUGGUUAAUACAGUUACACCAAGAUCGGUAUUAAAGGUUCAGACCAUCUUGCCCCAGGCAGCAACUGAGCUGCUGAUAUUUUCACCGGCUGCAGUUUCUGAAGUACAGUGGUACCUCAGGUUAAGUACUUAAUUCGUUCCGGAGGUCUGUACUUAACCUGAAACUGUUCUUAACCUGAAGCACCACUUUAGCUAAUGGGGCCUCCUGCUGCCGCCAUGCCGCCGGAGCAUGAUUUCUGUUCUCAUCCUGAAGCAAAGUUCUUAACCUGAAGCACUAUUUCAGGGUUAGCGGAGUCUGUAACCUGAAGCGUAUGUAACCUGAAGCGUAUGUAACUCGAGGUACCACUGUAUCUUCAAAGGCAGCCGCAUGUAUAACACAUUAUAUUAAUCCAACCUAGAGUUUACCCAGUGAGCUUCUAUGCCAAGCAGGGAUACGAACCCAUCUGUCCUGGGCCAAAAUCAAUGUACUACACUGGGUUUUGUGUUGUUGAUAUCAAAAUGGGAAACAGAUUUGGCCCUUUCCCAGAAAUAAUUCCCUCCUAUACACAUUACUACUGUGAUUUUCCUUGUAUAAGACGCCCCCCAUGUAUAAGACACCCCCUCUUUUGGGGACUCUAAAUAGAGAAAAUGGGGGGAGAUUGCCCAGACUUGUUGGGCUUUUGGGGGGGUUGCCAAAAAUCGCUCUCCUGCAGGAACGCAACAGCCAAUCGAACACACAUCGGCCAAAAGCAAGCACCGAUUGCCCGCCCAAUUGCCGCAGCAGCCAAUAGCCAGUGGACCUUGCAGCACCCACCAAUCACCCGCAAAAACGCCACGAACAAUAUCCUGCUUGCAGCAGCUACCAAUCCCCCGUCCCACCUCUCCACUAUCCAUGUAUAAGACAACCCCAAGUUUUUAGCACAAUAUUUUAAUAAAAUAACCUAGUCUUAUACAUGGAAAAAUACGGUAAAUCCCCCCUAAUAUAGAAAAUGGCUCUACCGAAUCUUAAUUGCUAUUGUUCUAAUAUAGUAUACACAAACUCUCUUUUGCAACCAUUUUUUUGUACGCCUUCUCUUAACCCAAUUCAAUUAGUCAGUUCUAUCAUAUGAUCAGUUCCAUCAUACAAGCCAUAUGUCACGCCAUACUUAGCAGCAAAUCAAUGGAAGGUGGAGAAGGGCAUUUCUGAUUCUGGUGUAUCAUCAGUUUCACUGCUGUUAACAGAUGGAUUGCCAUUUAGUAUACUGAAGGUACUCCAAUAUCACUACUGGUCUCUACAAAUAUUUUGAUGAGUCUACAAAAACAGACUCCCCAAAAGCUUUCAGCACUGGGCCAUCCCACAUAAGAUGAUAGAUAUUUGCUUUUGGGAAUAUGUCUUGCAGAAGCACCUAAAGCUAUUUCACUUAAAUAUGCAGCUUCCCUUUUGACCCUGAGUUUUUCAUGUUGGCAAAAGGAAGUGUCUCUCCAUAGCAAGCACCAUCUUGUAAACCUCUAUUUCUGUGCCUCAACUCGAUAAUCUGUAGUUUUUCUUUCCUGAAUACUUUUUUUUAUAUGGAAGGUGAGUCACCCCCUAAUGUCAAAAUAGACAAAGCAGGAAGUUUGCUGAGGUGUUUAGUGCAAACUGUGAGUGGCAUUUACAGUAAACCCAAUGGAAACUACUCCUGUUUACUCACUUUAGUUUUCUGCUCUCUCUCUCUCACCAUAUAUUGAGUAGCAUAAAAAUGGUCACCAUAAUACAGUGGUACCUCGAGUUACAUACGCUUCAGGUUACAUACGCUUCAGGUUACAGACUCCGCUAACCCAGAAAUAGUACCUCAGGUUAAGAACUUUGCUUCAGGAUGAAAACAGAAAUCAUGCUCCGGCAGUGUGGCAGCAGCGGGAGGCCCCAUUAGCUAAAGUGGUGCUUCAGGUUAAGAACAGUUUCAGGUUAAGAACGGACCUCCGGAAUGAAUUAAGUACUUAACCCGAGGUACCACUGUAUCAGAGACUAGAGAUGUGAUCAAAUUUCUGCAGUGUUUCGCAAAUGGGCCCAACAGGGUUGGCGCUUCCUGGUUUACAGCAUAGCUAAAUGUUUUUAUGCCCUUCGCUCCAGGAAAGAAACGUCCUGUCAAAUGGAUUAGUGUCUGGCCAUGCCUACACUGUGACUGGCAUUCGAAAAGUAAGUUCCACCUUUUUUUGUAGUUUCAGCUAUGGUUUUAUAAUCUUCAUCAUCAUCAUCAUCAUCAACAGCAACAACAACAACAUUAUUUUAGGUUGAAGCCUAUUCUCCCACUGCUUCAUGCCAAGGCAAUGCCCAUAACCAGUCCUUUUUUUUUCUGGGGGUACGCAUACCCCUAAACAUUUUGUGAAUUGAAGUUUGGCCUCAUCGAGGGGCAGUAUUUUAAUAUGAGUAGGAACAUGAAAGUACUCCUAAACAUAUUUUUUUUAGAAAACAAGCACUGCCUGUAACAUUUUGCAGCCGUAGGUGAAAUUGAACAAUGGCACCCUGGAUGGAUCUGGAAACCCCUGAGUCUUGUGGCAUCCUCUGAUAGUCCUUCAAACUGGGCACUUUAAAGUAGGACACAGGACCACCCUAACCACAAGGGUGGUUCUCGGUCCUGAGGAGUAGCAGGUAUAUGGCAGAGGUGACAGCUCAGGGUGUGUGGGGGCGGGGAGAAAGUCUGAAUGGUGCAGCUGUUCUGUCUGAACAUGAAUGCCACUGAUUUUAGAUCAGCCUUCCCCAGCCAGCCCUCCAGACGAUUUGGCCUCCAGCUCUCAACAUCUGGAGGGCACCAGGUUGGGGCAGGCUGAUCUACAGUCUCACAAUACCUUGGACAAAAGCAGGGCUGUAGGGUACAUUUGACAUACACUUCUGCCCUUGCUUUAAAUAUUAUCAGGCCUUAUUGAAGAUGAUGAGCGCAUCAGAAUGGUUUCUUUCUCCACGAGCUGUGCUUCCUUUUAAUGGCAUGAAUAAAACAUAGAGGAUAAUAGCUGGGCCCAUGUGUAAAUCAAAGGCUGUAAUUGAUUCAUGAGGCUCUGCUGACAGAGAGGCUCACAUGUGCAUGCUAAGCGGAGCCGGGUUUAAAGCUGAAAGCAGGUCUGUGGAAAGGGGAAGGUUGAGGAGUUCAGUGUUUUCUUCCACAAAAUGCAUCAGAAGGUGACCUGUCUCUGGUCUACACACCUUUUAACUCUUGCCACUUGCAUGUUUAACCCCAGUUGGGUUAAAUCCCCUGCUUUUAAUUAUCAAUCAUGUACAAACCAAUGUUCUUUUUAUGGCAGGGGUGGGGAACUUGUGGCCCCCAUGCACUGUUGAACUGUAAUGCCCAUCAUCCCUGACCAUUGUUAAAUACUCCCCCUCCCCCAUUAAGCAAGCCGCCCCAGAGGAAUGAGUCUGGCCGUGUGCAUUAGCAAUCAUUCUGUUGCGUAGCAUUGAGUUUUGUGUUGUUUUGUUGCACAGUGUCGAUUUUUCACUCCACGUUGGUAGUUUGAAAUGUCCAGUGUAUAUUGUUUCACCUUGGGCGCCCUGUUUGAGCUCUUUCAGGAGAGGGGCAGGGGGAGUAAGACCAUCUUUUUAUUACUCAAUCUCUCAGCAGCUUUUGAUAGCCUUGGCUAUGGUACCCUUCUGGAUUGCCUGUAUGGAAUAGGCAUUGGAGGCACUGUAUUGCAGUGGUACCUUUACUACCUUCAUGGUCCAGUCCAGAAAGCAGUAUUAGGGGAGUUCUCUUUGACUCCCUGGCAAUUGUUCUAUUUUCUCUCCAGUGCACCUCCAUUGAGAACGGUCACUGGGAUUUUUUGAGCAAGGCAUCUCCCUAUGUUCCUUUGGUCAGUGUGAUUCUGACCAAAGGUCAGAGGAAAAGGCACUGUCUUGGAGGGACCAGGUUGCUGAGCACCUCAUAGGCCAAAAUUGGCUCCUUAAAUUGUACCUGCAAUGUUUUUAUAUGUCACCAGAGCAGCUGGGAAAGGAGGUUGUAACCCCGGUUAAGGCAAUCUGUUUUUUGUUUCUGUACAGGUGACUUGCAAACAUGGACCCGAGAAUUUAGUGAGACUGAGAAAUCCCUGGGGAAAAGUUGAAUGGAAAGGAGAUUGGAGUGACAGGUGCGUUUCUGAGCAAAAAAAAAAAAAGAGGUUAUGGUUUAUAGAGAUGAACCCACAGUGCCACCUGCAGGCAGAUACUGAUCCCAACAACUGCAUGAGAUGUGAAUAUGGUGCUGUCACACUGAGAAGGGCAAGCCAAGUGGACAGAGUUGAGCUUAUUUAUUUUAUUUCGACAAUUUAUUUACCACUUAAUUACAGUUGCCCGUAAGACUUGUACAGGAGGCUCAAUUCAAUAAAAUAAAAAAUGAGUUAAAACUAUACAAAAAAAAUCCUGACUAUUGAAGGGAAGCACCAUAGCUUGGUAGUAGGGUGCCUGCUUUGCAUGCAGAAGGUCAAAGGUUCAAAUUUCGGCAUCUACAAGUAGGACUGGAAAUGUUCCUUGCCUGAAAUCCUGGGGAACCACUGCUGUUCUCUGUGAGCAGUAUUGAGCUAGAUGGGUAAGGUAAGGUAAACUGAGCUAGAUAGACCAAGGAUCUGACGCAUCUUCCCACAUUCUCUAGCAUCAUUAUUUUUGGGCGUGGCGGUCACAGUUUGCACCCCCUCUCCUGCAAGAAGGGUGCCAAGUCCAGGGCAUUCUGGAGGCUGCAAAAUGGUUGCUGAUGUUGAUGAUUGCGGCGUCAGCAAAAUAAAACUGAAAAAACGCAGGGGAGAAGAAAGCGUUGUGCAGAGGCGGAGCAAGCGGAUUGGGGGCCUGGGGUGGCACGCGUGCCCUGCGCCCAGGGGCGGGGCCAGCUGCCCGUGGAGUGGGGCGAGCUGGGGCAGGACGCUCUGUGGGGCCUCUGAGGAGUCUGUCUGUCACUCAGCCGCCCUAUGGCUGGGGGGGGAAGGCGGUGGGCGAACCGUUUGUGGCAGCAUGGAGCCUGCGGGUGCCCAAGCCACUGAGUCACCGCCAGGAGAGACGCGUGGCUCGGGCGCACUGCAGACUCCGUGCUGAGUGCCACCAGGCAUUUUGUCACCCCUCUCAGGGCGGACCACCCACACCACACACCCCUUCCUCUGAUGGUGAGGUCCAUCCCUGACCAACGGCUGGAUAAUUUCUUCUCCCCACUGCAGAAAUUUGGUCACGUCUCUAGUCUCUGAUAUUGGUGACUGUAAUAUUAAAUAAAUGCUCGUAAAGAGCAGGCAAAGCAGAAUAGUGGCCUAUUCUGCAACAAAGCCGAGUGGGUUCCUGUUUUAAACAAAUCUCUUUUCUUCCUGUCCCUUUAGCUCUGGGAAAUGGGAGCAGCUCAGCCCAAAGGAGAAGAUUUUGCUGCGGAAGAAUGAUGACGAUGGAGAAUUCUGGUACUUUAAUGAAAUUACCUCUUUGCUUCUCUCCCCUCUGCCCCCAGUGCAGGGUUUCUCAAAUGCCUAUAGAAUGACUGCUCAGCUAAUUGUCCCAUGACCAGUGCUUUUUUUCCUGGGGGUACGCAGGGAUACGCAUAUCCCUAAACAUUUUGUGAAUCUAACAGGAGAAGAAACAAUUAAAAAAAUAUAUAGUUUCUUCUCUAGCACGGUGAAUCGCCAGUUCUGUUGCCACCUCCGAUGGCAGCCUUUUGUCCAUUUAUUUUUCCCGAUUUGAACUAUAAAAUGGUGAUUUUCUUGAGUAAAAAUGAGAAUACCCCUAAACAUUUUUAAUAGAAAAAAAGCACUGCCCAUGACCGUCCCUGCCUCUCCCCUGUUAGUAGGUCAGAUAUCCAUAUGGCAUAGUUUUAAGCGGAAAGAGACCACUGUGGAUAUCGAUGAGAUUUUCUUCUCUGUCGUGUAUUUAGGACUGGUAAAAAAUACUUCUUAAAAACCUUAAUUUCUGCUCGCUGAGGGAAAAAAGAGAUGGCAUGCCACAUUCACACCAGUUUCUGGGAACUGCAGGUGGGUUGGGCCCUGCUUGUGAGAUUACCAGUGGCAUCUGGGAAGAAGCUGGACUAGACGGGCCUUUGAACUGAUCCAGCAGAACUUUUCUCAAGUUCUUAGGUUCACUGCCCGCGCAUUCACUGCUUCGCGGCUAAAACACUUGCCUUUGAAAAAGGAAGCAUUCUUUUUUCUGGAACUGGCUGGUUAGUUGCUGCUUACAAGCACGACUUCUAACGAUGAUGGCCGCCUCGUAUCAUUUAUCACCAGCACCUUAAUAUUGGAAAUAUGCCCUAAACCCUGCAAACAUAGACGCUCCAUCUGGCUAUAUGGCAUUGUCUCUAAUGAGUCCAGUUUGCUGCGAUAUUUUAAAUAGGCAUACCUCUAGUGAGCGGCUUUUUAUCAUACAAGUCGGGCCUGCAACACAAUGUUGCAGCAUAGAGUGCUCCCUCUUCAGGAUUCUGGUUGUUCCAAUUUCUCUCCCCUCUCUGAUAUUCUUCUUUUUAUAUUCUAGCAGUUAUUCAGCAUUUCCUGGACACUGAGCACUCUUGGUCCUCAUUGCGUUUUCUUUUCUGGGGACGGGGGUUCUUAAGCUCCCAAGUUCUGCCGAUAUACUUAGGUGUUUUGGCUACAUAAGCAAUGACAAUCACAGCCUGUGCCACUGAAAUAGAGGGAGGGAACGAUAAUAACAAAGGGUGUGUUUGUGUGUGAGUGAGUGUAGUGCUACUGCUUUAUUCAAAACAUACACAUUUUUGCAUGCCGUUUCCCCUAACAUAACACAUUUUUGUAUGUUAUUUUCACCAAUAUCAUCAUUUUUUAAUGCACACUUCCCCCCUGAUAAGUAUACAUUUUUCUAAACAUUGGUUGCAGAAGUACGUCUCAAAAUUCAGAUAAGUGCAAAUUUUGAAGGAUAGCAGUGUUUCACUUCACAUAUUGUUUUGGAAAGUGUGAAUUUGAUCAUUUCACCUGGGAUUGCAAACUGAAAUUAAUUUCUUCUCCAACCCUGCCUGGUAUAGAAUGCAGUUGGACUUGUGUUGCUCCAACCUAUUCCGAUUUAAAAACUCCCUCAAAAGUGAGAUUAAGCUUUGUUUAAAAGGCUGCAUUGUGAAGUCUGAAAAUCCACAUUUUCCCAAAUGGGCACAUGUGCACACCCACAACCGCACAUCGAAGGAGAAUACAAGUGAUCCAGUUUCUCAUGUCAUACCAUUUUGCCACUAGGUGGCAGUGUUACCACACAGUGCCGUUCCACCUCUUCUUGGGCUCCCAAACACCUCUCUGCUAAGAAUUAUUUGCGGUUGUCUUGUCUGCUCCUCCUCCUCAUAGUGCUGCUGCUUACUGGUAAUUACUAAACGUAAGCCAAGGCAAAACAUGUAUCCUCUGCAAGCACUCUUGACCUAUAAUGUGUUGUCAGCAGUCACACGCUUCGGCAAAUCCAGUGUGAGAAAUGGGAACCUGCAGACCUGUAUGCGCAUGAUGAGAAAUGGGUGCACGUCAGAGGCAAAACGCAUCCGUUCUACGGUCAGGGAUUUAAUUUUGAAAGCAGCACUGGAGAGCCUUUCUGAGAUAAAGGGCUACAUUCCCUUCUGGGUCACAUGCUGAGGGUGGGUGGAGCCAGAGGGAAAAGUGGGUGGAGCAAUGAGCGGUCGGCUUCUUUCUAUGUAUGCUCACACACCCCCUCUCCACCCAGAGAAGCAGGAGGCACUAUCAGAAUUCAAGGACACAGGCUAGGCCAAACGGGAAGGACAAGCGGAGCUAGUGAGUGGUGAGGCCUUGAGGAGAAGGGGUGUGGCUUGUGAAGAGUCCAGAGGGCCAGAUAGACCUCAGGGGCCACAUUUGGUCUCUGGUCCCGAGCUUCGCCACCUCCAUUCUGAAGAACAUGGAACAGGAGGUAGGAACCAAGGAAGCUGCCUGAUACUGUGUCAGAUCAUGCGCCAUCUAGCUCAGAACGACCAAUGGCUCUCCAGUAUUUCAGACAGGAGCAUUAUCUGGAGAUGCCAGGGAUUCAACCUGGGACAGAAAACCUGACAGCAGCCUUAAACCUUAAACAAAAACAGAAGUUGUGUUAGCUUCAAUAUCAGUCCUAAGCCAGGAUAGACAUUUGACUCUGUGUCUUUGUUGUUCUUCUUUUCUCACAGGAUGUCUUUGCAAGAUUUUAAAACCCAUUUUGUGGGCCUGAUGAUCUGUAAACUGACUCCUGAUCUCCUGAGUAAGGAAUUAGGGAAGAAGUGGACGUGUUCAACGCAGGUCGGCAAAUGGGUCAAAGGAAGCACAGCGGGGGGCAGGAUGAAGGCGCACAACGGUGAGGUGCCCCUUGGGGAACGCUUCUUUUGAAAAUAAUUUGCUGGCAUAAAUGAGCUAAGCACCUGCUUUUCUGAGCUAGAGGCUCACAUGUUUGCAUCUUGCACCUCCAGCUGCAUUUUGGAGGAAUCCCCAGUACUUGCUGAGAGUUCUGCAAGGCCACGGGAGCAAAACGUCCCUUUACUCCUGCAGCGUGUUGGUGUCUCUGAUCCAAAAGCGUAACGACUAUCACCGGAAUCGGAUGCCUCAUCUCCACAUAGGCCUCUCCGUCUAUAAGGUUGGUGGAAUCUUGUUGCUUUCCUGCUGAAACUGUUGGGGUAAAUUGUCCUAAGCUGGGGCAGCCGAUGUAUGGUGCCCUCUAGAUGUCAUUGGACUCCAUCUCCCAUCACCCCCAGACAGCACGGCUGAUGGUCAGGGAAUGAUGGGAGUUGUAGUGUAGCAAAAUCUGGAGGGCACAGCAUUGGCUACACCUGCCCUAAGCUGUUUCUCCAAAGCCCCUUGCAAGAAAAUAAGAAGUUUCUUCCUAGCAGAUUUCUUUUUCUUAAUGCGAACAGAGAGGGACCCUGACCUACCAAGAGAGGCUGUGAAUCAGAGACAGGAAAAAAGAAAAAGAACUGGGCAAGUCAACAUCCCAUGUAGGCGCAAAUGAUGCCCUCCAGCCUAGUUCUGAACAAGGCUCUCUUCUGCUUCAAGACUCCCCUGUGAGGAACCUGUGGCCCUACACAUGGUAUUGGACUAUUACAGGUUCCAUCACUCCUGACCGUUGGCCAUGGUGACUGGGUCUGAUGGAAGUUGGAGACCAAGCACAUGUGGAGGACCACAGGUUCUCCACUCCUCUACCUUCAAUAGAUAGAUGUCUAGAACAGCCUUACUCAACCUUGGGUCCCCAGAUGUUGUUGGACUACCACUCCCAUCAUCCCUAGCUAAUCCGGAAUGAUGGGCAUUGUAGUCCACUGACAUCUGGGGAACCAAUGCUGAGAAAGGCUGGUCUAGGGAUUUCAGCAAGUGUAGCUGCUGAAGCGAGUCAGGAUUUCUGCCCCCCACUCCCCUAGGGCUUUUGACAUUGUCUCCAUCACCACCACCUCUGAACCCCACCAGGAGUCAGAGUUCAUCCUGUGGCUGUUCUGGACUUCAGCAACCUUACCUCCCCAAGGUGCCUAGUAUAUGGGAUAAGUUUUAAAAUAGGGAGUUCAGUACUUUAGUGUCUGGUGGCCCUUUUGACUGAUUCAAUCAACUGUAACUUUCAGUUGUAAAUUUCACUUGGAAUUCUCUGGCUAAUACACAUUCUUCUUUCUUUUUUCCUAGGUGGGCCAGGAGGUACGUAUAUAGUCCCAUGUUGCUUAUUCACAUAUCGAUCAUGUAUUCUUGCAUAUGCUUCCUUCCUGCUCUUUCCCCUCAGAUAGGGUGGGCAAGAACAGAUGCAACUUCUGUGUGCUUACCAUAGCAGAAAUUCUGAUCUGAGUGCAAUCUCAGUUGGGCUGGAUUUAAAAUCUUUUAAGGUGGAAACAAUUGGAUAUUUGAAAUGGUGUUUGUGCCAAAAUACUGAAAUGUGUUGUUUUCAAGCAGCUGCAUCUCCCUCUCUCUCUACACAUGCUGAGACACAUGCACCCAUUGCUAGGAAUCAUAUGUGUGCAGAGAGCCUUUGCAUUCAGGUCCUGUUUGGAAGCUUCCCAGGGGCAUCUGGUUUUCUACUGGUUGGAUUAGAUGGAUCUUUGGCUUGAACGAGGAGGGCUCUUCUUUGUCUGUUCUUAUGAGGUGCUAUGGGCUUUGCACUGACUUUGUGCAAGUGGGAAAUGCCUGCAAGCUGCACAAAGUGUGCAGCCCUGAUCAAUUUUGCAUUCUGGUGCCUUUGCACCUUCCACCCUGGCUCGAGGUUCAUGUGCAGCCAUGCCAGCUUACAAGCAUGGGAAUCGGAUUUGCACCACGAUCCUAACCGUCUUUGCUGGGAAGUUACAACUGCCGAAAUCCUGUUUUCAGGGUAUUGGAAAAUCCCAAAACCUUGAUGCUUUGUAUUCUGCAGAACCUGGAAUUUCUGUUCGUAUGUGAGUGUUUGGGCAUGGCUUUCCAAACUCCGUUCAAAGCUAGUGUGUCCCAUUUUCUUUUCCACCUAUUUUAGAGAAGCUUCUUAAGGCAUUAAAAAAAAAAAAGAUUGUUAAUGCCGUCGCGACUCAAUGCAUUUCAAGAUAAUGCAUUUUUAUGGCUUAAUUAAGCAUUAAUGGUGGUGUGUUCCUGAGCUAUGCCCAGAAGCAGUAGACAGGGCUGAGUGAGAAAUGGUUUUAUUAUAUUUCCUUUUUAAGCCCCACAAGGUAUAAAUCCCUAGGGGAAUUCACCCACUUUUUUUUUAGCUCAUUCUUUGGCAUUAUUUGCAGAUGCUACUAAAUCGAUGCUAUCAUUUCUUUUUGUCCAUUGCAUACAGUUAAAUGAUGUUCCCAAGUGCCUUCGUCUCAGAUAUUUUUGUUACACCGCCAUCAAAUUCAAGUAGAUGUUAUGUCAGGGAAAGAGCUGCCUAUGAAGGCGUUUUUACCAGGACAUAAAACCAAGAAUUGGCAACACACUGGCUAUAUGCUGCUGUGCACUUGAGCCAUGUGAUGUGCAUGGCAGAUGGGAACAAAGCAGUGGCACGAUUAACCUGCAUGGGGACUAGAGUUUGGUUGAUGCUGGUAUAUCCUUUGCUACCUUGGUCUGGGUCCAUUUACAUCAAAGUAUCAGCUGAGAUGCCUCCUCUGAUUUUAGCAAUGUCAGGACAAAAGGACCAGGUCAUCAGAGAAACUGUGAAUCUGGCCUAUGCCAGGGGAAGCUAGCAUGGUGUCCUCCUGAUGUUUUUGAAUUCCAAACUCCCCCAUCAACCCUAGCCAGCAUGGCCAAUGGUCAUGGAUGUUGGGAGUUGUAGUCCAGCCAUAGCCAGAGGACGCCAUGUUGGCUACCUCUGGCCAAAGCUUUUGCCCAAGCCCAGAUGGCCCAAACCAUGUUGAGUGGGAAAAUCCUGCAUUGCAGGGGUUGGACAAGAUGACUCUCGUGGUCGCUUCCAACUCUACAGUUCUGUGAUUUCAUGACCCACAUAUUUGGCUCUGUAUGGUCUCAGAUAUGCUGUGGUUUGAAAGCCCAGCCUGUCUACCUACUGUCAUGCUGUGAAACCAGUCUGGCUUCUACCCAAAGGCGCCAGAGGCUCAGGAUCAACACACUGGUUGAGCCUACUUGAAUGCAGCAGCAAAGCCAAAGUUGUUUGUCUCUUGUCUGGAGGUUUGGACCAAUUGGGAGAUAACACUUUUACAUCCAGGCUCAUUGAAGAUCAGAGCUGGAGUCUGCUUGGAAGUAAAUUCCAGGCUUGUAUUGAGCACCAAGAUUAAUAUAGUGAAGUACAAAACCAAGAGCAGUUUUAACAUUGGAAAUACAAUGAAUCACUGCAUUGACUGAGGCAUAAAAGCCUUGCAUUUAAUAUAUGAUGCAUUCAAAGGGGCAACCCCACCCUCUUAGGAGAUGACAGAUUGCUGCAUUAGCAGGAGAGAAAUACAACCAAAGAGAGAGCAAAAGUCUUUCUGCAACUGCUCUUGUGGGCAGCAAAGUCUGCCAGAGAGCAAAAUGUCAGAGCCAUUUUGAGGAAUGGCCAAAUCAGGAAGGCACCAGAGUUCUUAGCCAAUGCAGUUAUUGACCGUCUCCAUGUCCGGCAUUCUCUCAUUCAGUCGCUAGUAAUGGGAGAUGCCUAUUAACAGUGCAAUUUUGCCUUCAUCAUCAUGCCAUAACGGGAUGAUGGGGUUGUCAAAAAGAGACCACGGUUGUAAUUCUAUUCUAAGCCUACUUGCGGAGAAGUAAACCCCACUGAAAUCAAUGGGGCUAUUUUUCUGAGCAAAAUUGGUUGCUUGCAUUCUUGGGUUUUAGGACAACAUGCACAAAGGGUAUGCACCGAUUUAGGAAAUAUUUGGACCACGCUGAUGAUUCUGUGUUGCCUGGGUAUAAUUUUUCUGAUAAAGGCAUUCUGUAGAAUUAUCAUCGGUUCCCCACUUUUUCCAUUCUAUGUGCAGGAUGUGUGCCCAAUAAUUUAUUUUAGUAUAGAAUUUAAUGGCCUUUGUAUGCCACCUCAUAAUGCAAAGAGCAGCUUACAAGAAAAGUAAAAACUAUUUUAGUACCUUGAAAUGUGAAAUCAAAUGCUACAUAAAUAUAACAAAAGAGGCUCACAAAAUUGAAUGUAGAUUGAAAAAUGGAGAGACCCUAUUUAAAAGGCCUGGAGGAACAGAAUAGUCUCUGCCUGGCGUUGAAAAGACCACAAGGAUGGCACCAAGAGAGCUCCCCAGGGAAGGGUAUUUCAUAACCAGGGUGCCACAACUGAAAAGGCCCUCUCCCUGGCAACCACCUGCUUCACUUUAUUGGUGGACACACCCAGAGCAGGGCAUGUGAAGUGGGUCUUAAGGAACAUGGAACAGGAAGUAGCUUCACAGGAUCUGAGUGCUGGGAGGAAAAAAGUAUUUGUUGUUGUUAUCAUGUUUCAGGCAAAAUAUUAGCAUGUAAUUUAGACAAAUUCAAGCACCCAUUGUUUUCAGGGUUGCCUCUGCUCUUUCAUUUACUUCUAAGUAACAUGGAUGUGGUUUCUGAUGACACAUUUAGCAUCACAUUUAUUUUGUGCCUUUGAAAAUGGAUGCUACCCCACCCUACUUUUCAUAUAAAUAUUAGCUCGUUCCUCUCCAUGGAACUCUUUACAUGACUUAAAAAAAUAAUAAUCCCCAAACAGUGUAAGCUUUUUGUAAGUUUCUCUCUCUCUCUUUCUUCUCAGUACCAUGACCUUAAUAGAAAACUGCCGGCUGCCUUCUUUGUCUGGAACAUGCCCCUGAAUAGGGUAGUCUAUGUAAAUGACCGUGAAGUGACUCAGGAUUUCCGGCUCCCACCAGGGGCCUAUGUCAUUGUCCCAGCCACUGCAGAAUGCAACCAAGAAUCAAACUUCAUUCUGCGGGUCUUCUCCAGGAAGCACAGCCUUCAGUAAGUCUUCCGGUCUUGCUUUACUACAAUCAUUAAGGGACGGGGAGUGUGUAAUUUUGCCAGAGGGAAAGGCUGGUGGUGGGUGCUCCCUGGUGGGAGGUAUGUAGUUUGCCCUGCCUUUUCAUGGCCAUUGGUCAGGGAUGAUGGGAAUCGUAGUCCAGCAACUCCCUGUGGAGGGCCACAGGCUUCUGAAUCCUGGUCUAUACCACUGUGAACUGUGACGACAACAACAACAACAAUGGCAGCAAUGUCAUAGUAAUAGUCGGUCCCUAUUUGUGGAAUGCUCUCCCUAGGGAGGCUUGCUUGGCAUCUUCAUUAUACACCUUUAGGCGCCAGGCAAAAAACAUUGCUCUUCAACGAGGCCUUUGGCUGAUGGACCUCCAAUGUUGUGGGAGGAGGGUUCUAGGUUUGUUUUUGUUCCUAUUUUUAUUAGGAAAAAUUUGCAUUUGUGUUUUUUAUAUUGUGAUUUUAUGUUGUGAACUACCCUGAGAUCUACGAAUAAGGGACGGUAUACAAAAUUAAUUAAUUAAUAAUAAAAAUAAAAUUCCAUUAUUAACCACUGUUCAUUCUUUUAUGAAUUAGUUACCCAAUCUUCAUUGCAAGGUCCCAGAGUGGGGUACAUACAUAUUAAAUAUCAUGAAAGCAGCACUUAAAAUCAUAAUUAAGCAACACAAAGAUUACUGUAGUGCAGAAAUGUGGUGUGGGAGUGGAGACAGGGCAGUGGGCACAUAGCUUAAUCUAAAAUGACUCAUUUGCUCCCAGAAAAUCCCAUGGCAUCUUGUCUUACUGGCAAAAAGAGUUCAGGGCUUUCAUUCCCAGCCACCAGUUGUCUGGCGACACCAGUUGCAAUGGACUCAUAGACUAUCAAUGAAGCUCAGAGACCACAGUGUGCUACAGUCUUCAACUUUGGGUCCCUGGAGGUUGUUGGACUACAACUCCCAUCAUCCCUGGCCACUGGCUAAGCUGGCUGGGCAUGAUGGGAGUUGUAGUCCAGCAGCAGAUAAGAGCUCAAGGCUGCAGAACAGCUACAGGCCUGUCAACUCUGUAAAAGCAGAUGGCUUCACAGCUGUGCCAACACUGGCUGAAGCAGCAGUGUUUGUGGGGAGAGCUUGAUCCAGAAGAAGCAUUGUGUGGGACGAAACAAACAUUUCUGCCUUCCCUCCCCCUCUCACCUUGUUGCACUAUCUGCACCUCUCACUGUACUUGUUAAUAUUUUAUUUCAGUGAAUUGGGUGGUGAUUCCAGCUGUGUCCUUUCAAAGGUGAGUGGAAGAACCGCUACACCGCUUGACUUGCUUCUCUCCUCUAGUCCUCUGUGCUGACCUGGGAUCCUCAGCAGAGCUUCCAGGGUGGGGGAACCAAUCAGUUGAGUACGGUGGGCUAAGCUUGCAAAUGGACUUUUAUUGCUGGCCAGCUUCACUUUGAGGCCUGAAUGGCAGGAUGUAAAUCUGGAAAUAUAUAGGCGAUCCCUGCUGUGUGCUUUUAAAAGGGGAGAAGAGGUGUAACUCACUUUGUAUUUUAAUGUUCUAACAGCACCACAAGAGUAUGUUGAUGUCGUAACUUAUGGGAAGUGAAAACACUCCCUUUGAAUGAACCCCAGCAGCUGACAUUUAUCAUAUCAAGAGAAAAGACUUAAGAAUACAUAAGCCAAGUGGAUGCUCAUUCUCACGGCAUCUUGGGAACGGCAGUUACUGAGUGGGGGCUCUGACCUCAAAAGCCAAACUCAAGAGUCUCGUGGCUGCAGGUGUCUGUCCUUUCCCGCGUAAACUCUUGCAAAUUGGCAUGCAGUAUUGGAUUGCAGAAAGUCAAUUUUUCUAGGAUAAGUUUGACUGUCAGCUGUUCUCUUGCCACUAAACCUCUAUUGGUCUAGUGGCCUGCUGAUCCACUGCAAUCCAUUACCUAGAUCUUGAGCUACAGCCUUCCCAUCCUGCUUCUGUUCUGAUUUGUUGUUGUUGUUGUCUGCAGGAAAUAGUUGAUGAACAUGAAGAUUGGGAAGAUUUCUUCACUAAGUACUUUGAUCAAGUAAGUCUGCCUAUAGGGUCUGCCAGAGGGAAUAACCAAACUGCCCUGUUCAUGUUAGUUUCUGUGAAAAAAAAUUGUAGGAGAGAGAGAGAGAGAGAGAGAGAGGGAGAGAGGGAGGGAGGGAGAAACCUACAUUUUGGAACGCAUGCUGAUGAAAGCCCAUCAGACAGUGCCUAUAGAACAAUCCUGCCACUAUGGUUUGACUUGAUUUGUAUAUAUUUUCAAACAUAUAUCAGCUCAUCACCACUUGAAGGAAGGAAGGAAAUUGGGACAAAAUAAUAAAGCCGGUUGCAAGGUUCACAUGCAGGUAGAGAUUCCCAUGAUAAGCUUUUAAAUAUGAACAUCCCUCUCUGAUGACCAUAGGCACUGCUGAUAUCUUAUGAAAAUGCCUUGACUUUCACAGCUGAUUUGUGACUGCAGCUUCAAAACUCAGUUUUCUAUGUGAUACCUCCAUUAAAAAUUAUGGUCUUUUGAAUGCGUAGAACUUGAAAUAUGCAAAGCUUGGGUUUUUCUAUAAUAUCUUGUCUCUCUUGCUUUAGUAUCCUGAGAUUAAUGCAAUGCAGCUGCUGAGGAUUUUGAACAAUGUGGCUUGGACGAGUAAGUAUGAUCUGGACUGCGGAAUGCAGCAUCACGUAUGUACACGGACCCAAGUGCAGAAUAGCAGUGAGGGUUUUCAUUAUGUAGCUCAGUCUCCACAAGAGAUGGGUACAUUUCUCAUUAGGCUCUGCAGAUGGUAUCGUGUCAACCUCUAUUAAUUGUGUUUAAAUGAUAACAUUUUCAUACUCUUAAUUAUAGCAACUCUACCACUUUUACUUUCUGGGGCUUGGGAAUAAAAGUGAAAGAAGUCUUUGCUCUCAUGUUCUGCUGGUGUGCUCCCAUAAUAAUAAUAAUUUAUUAUCUAUACCCCGCCCAUCUGGCUGGGUUUCCCCAGUUACUCUAGGUUGCUCCGAACAGAAUAUUAAAAACAUGAUAAAACAUCAAACAUUUAAAACUUCCCUAAACAGGGCAGCUUUCAGAUGUCUCCCAAAAGUCAGAUGUUGUUUAUUUCCUUGACAUCUGAUGGGAGGGCGUUCCACAGGGCGGGCACCACUACUGAGAAGGCCCUCUGCCUGGUUCCCCAUAACCUCACUUCUCACAGUGAGGGAACCACCAGAAAGCCCUCGGCGCUGGACCUUAGUGUCCGGGUUGAACAAUGGUGGUGGAGAUGCUCCUUCAGGUAUACUGGGCCAAGGCCGUUUAGGGCUUUAAAGGUCAGCACCAACACUUGUAGUAAUCUGGUGGGCCACCAAACCCCAAGAUGUAGCAAUGGCAGCCAAUGUGGAAGAAGAGUGCUGUGGUGCUCAGGUCCUGUCUGCGGGCUUCUCACAGGCAACUAGUUACUCUCUGUGAGAACAAGAUGUUGUACCGUUGCAUCAGCGAUGUGAUCCAUCAGGAGCCUAGGACCAGGGGCAGGCUUUUAGGGUUGUGCCCUUAGGCAUACUCCUAAGGGAAUUUCCAGAAACAGAAUAUCACAUCUGGCUGAGGAUGCAGCAGUGACGGGGGGGGGGGGGCAGGGGGAGAAGGAGAUGCAACAGAGAAAGUGACUUUCUCCAAGCUAUACAUCACAGAAGAGGUGGCAUUGCAGGACUGGAAGCUGGAUGCUAGUAGCUAGAAGAGAGUGAAACAGACAUCAAGAACGCAGCAGUUGAGGGAGUUGGAGGGGCAUCGCCACCCUCCUGCUGGUGGUGAUAUGAUUGCUGGGGUGGGCAUGGGGCAAGGCACUGGUGAGGUUGUGGUUCUGCCCUGCCAAUCCCAAUGGACACCAGCCUGCACUCGUUAUAAUUAUUGUAGUUCCCUUAUGGUUGUAUCAAAGAACUUUGAAAGCAGGCAUAUCCUUAGGCAAUGAAUUAUCAUGCUCUCCGUUAAGGAAGGAGGCUGCAGCUACAGUAUGAUUCAGGGUACUGAUCAUCAGAGCCCUUCAAGACACACCCCUGUGACUUUGGUCUUGAGCCUGGGGCACAGCUUGAAUUCCCAAGCUGUGAGAGCAGAGAACCAUCUUCAGGCUCCCCAAAUUCUCCAUUAACAGAGCCAUCCUUUCUUACUAUUUAGCCUUUCCCCUUUGAUGUCUUCUUGUGUCAUAAUUCCUCUGGCGUUCCUCUUCUCCAGGAUGUUCCCUAUGGCAAUUUCUCCUUCCAUUACCAAUGCUUUCUUUUUAUUUUACUUAUUGAUAAAAUUCCUUUCCUGCUCUUCAUCAAAUAUGAUCUCAGGUUGGCAACAAGUUCAAAUAUAAUGAAAAUGGAACCACAAAAUGCAAUUGAAACAAAAACAAAUGAACAGGUAUAGUUCCAGGAAAAAACAAAACUUAGCUGCAUUAUUUUUGUUGAAUGCAUUUCCAAAAAUAGUAUAUACUAUGCAUUGCUGGUUGUUACCAUUUCUUUUCACUAUUCCUAUCUCUGCCCAGCUCCUUCCCCCACCCAGUCCUGCUUUCCCACCAUGGGAAACCUUCUUGGCUGACUCCCUCUCAGUUCAAGAUACUGCAAACAAACCAACAAACUGGCCCCUCCCAUCAUAUUUUUUUUAGGGAGGCUUUUGGUUCUGUAGUAUAUUUCAAUUUCUUUAUUGUUCACUCUUUCCUGUGAAUGUUUGUGCCAUUCAUAUUUUAUUGAGCGUACCCUAAAAACAUGGGGCAGACCAAUCCUAGUGGGGACUGCCAAGGUGUGGAGGGGCACAUCCUGUGCUCUACCCUUGCCCUGCUGCUGCAACAUACUGUUUGGGUGACCCCCUGCUGGCUGUUGCUGGUGGGAACACCCCUGCCAAGAGUGUUUCCUCCGUAAUAGUGGGGCCUCCGUAACAGUGGAACCCUCUGUUGGUUGAGGUUAGCAGGUGGAGAUGUGUACUGGAUCCUAACCCCCACCAACAGCAUGAAUAGAGGUUGGCGACUGCAGACUUAGGUUAAGAAAAUGUAAAGGGACACCUGACAGUUAAGUCCAGUUGUAAACGACUCUGGGAUUGCGGCGCUCACCUCGCUUUACUGGCCGAGGGAGCCGGCGUUUGUCCGCAGACAGUUUUUCCAGGUCAUGUAGCCAGCAUGACUAAGCCGCUUCUGGCAAAACCAGAGCAGCGCACGGAAACACCGUUUACCUUUCCACCGGAGCGGUACCUAUUUAUCUACUUGCACUUUUGUACUGCUAUGUUGGCAGGACAGAGCAAUGGGAGCUCACCCCCUCGCAGGGAUUCGAACUGCCGACCUUCUGAUCGGCUAGCCCUAGGCUCAGUGGUUUAGACCACAGCACCACCCGCGUCCCUUAGACUUAGGUUAGCAUCCCAUAAAAAUAUUGAGCAUUGUGAAUAGCUUAAGGGCAGUCUGAUUCCUUAUAUCCCUAGCCAAUCACUGAGCUCUUGGGGGGAGUCUUUGUUGAUGGUCCCCGUAUGGCUAAGAUGCACGUCUCAUAUCUACUAGAAAUCGUGCAUUCAGUGUUGCAGGACCAAACCUGCAGAACUCCACCCCAACUGAGAUUAGACCGGCACCCUCCUUGUUGAACUUGAGGUGCAUGGCAAAUACCAGCAGGCAUUUUGUGUUUGAUUCCAUGAUGCAUUUUUGUAUUGCUUGGUUUAUUACAUGGUUUAUUUUGAUGUACGCCGCUUAGAAAUGCUAACUAUUAAGCACUAUGUAAAUGCCUCUCAAUAAGUGAAAGGCAGAUAUGGGUUCCAAGAAAGCCCAGUUCUAUUUUUCCUCUGGGCUGUUCUACCUCCAGAUACACACAGCUUAUAGACCGAGCAUAGCCAAUAAACAAGGUAGACGAUUCCUAAUUUAUAAAUGGAUAAGAUCUGAAACUGUUGACGCUAAUGAGAUAAAAGCUCUUGUGGCACAGGUUCAGAGUAAACAGAAAGCAAAACAGAACCUUUCUCUCUAUUCAGGGUUUUGGCUUCUUUUAGGACUGAGGGUGAGAUGGCUAUUUUAUCUGUGCUCGAGUAUCUUUCCAAAGUAACCCAUCAGGCACCAGGAAAUCUAUAAGGAAACUAACCAGGCUGUGCUGCUCAUCUUUUAUUCUUCAUAGGCAAUCAAUUUUAAGGCUUUCAUUUCCAAACUUUACAGUGCAUGAUUCAUAUUUAAUAAACAGGGCUAUAAUGAGAUUAAAACAUUGUCGGUUUCUGUAGAGAAGGGAUCGGUGAGUUAUGAGCCUGUUGCCUGCUCCAUGGAAGUCUGCAGGCAAUCUAUAAUCAUGAUUUGCAACAAGAUUAGACUCCCUUUCUGUUCCAUUUCUUGUCAUUCGCUUAUCGCUAACCGAGGCUCGGCUCUGUGUUUUUAACUCGUCUAUCUGUUCGGUCUCCUAAGAGAGGCAGAGGACACAAAACUUGUCAGAUUUAUCCCUGGUUGUCGUCUAUUGCUGCUAGUCGAGCUACACAAGGGACAAAUCAAGCAGAAAAAGGCAAAGACAGACUUCUCCCAAGGUCAAUCAGACACAACCGCCUGUGCACAUUUCCUUGGGAUUGCAUGUCAUUGAAACUGGCGGACUUGAGCCAUGCCCAAAUACAAAGGUGUAGGCUGGUUUCUGUUCUUUCUGACAUCUUCUGUAAUAGUCUGUACCUCACGCUUUGUGUCUGUCUCUCCUGUUGAAGGCAGUUGCAUGUGAGCAUGCUGGCGAUGCGCUCUGUUCCAAAGAGGGCUACCAUUACCCCUUGGGACCCGGAUAUUAUUCUCCUGCUUGUGGAUUUGCUUUGUCUUCCUAUUCUCAUUCAAUUAUACCUUUUUUCCCCUUUCCAGAGCUUCAGAACCAUGGCCCGAGAUUUAGCCUGGAUGCCUGCCGGGGUAUAUUGGCCCUCUUAGAUGUAUCCUGCCUUCUUGGUUUAUUUUAUUGUAUUUUUUUCAGUGUAUAUCUUUAUUGAUUUAAAAUAAAUACAUUUAUGGGGAAACAGACAAACAAACAGACAGACGUACAGUCAAACAAACAAACAAUAGAAAAUCAGACAACCACAAUAUUAGAAACAACAAAAUUAAUAUAACUAACAUCCUUUAUACUCCAGAUACUGAAAGCAAUUAUAAAACUUAUAAAGAAAAGAAUUAAAAAUGACUUCCAAUUCAUCUCACUGUACUUUAUCAAUUACCUUAUACCGCACAGUUACAUAUUUCUUAUAUAGUUUCUUUUACCCUCCCUACGACCUUAUAUUUAUACAAUACAAGGAACAGUCUAAUUCUGCCAAGAUGUUUCCUUUUAUACCAUAGUUUUUUAAGUAUUCUUUAAAGAUUCUCCAAUCCUUAUAGACUUUUUGUUUUGGUUGGCCUCUUAUCCUUCUUGUCAUCUUCUUGGUUUAACUGUAGCUGUGCUUUGGUGUUUGCCUGAACACACAAAUAUCUGUCUGUGGAUGAGGGGCAGGGGGCAGCUGACACGUUCCAGUGCCUGUUGCCCCACCUGCUCAAUCCUUGACCCUUCCCAUAUUGAGCUGUGAAUGUCUGCAGGAAGCUUUUACCUGUUUUUAGUUGAACAAGACUGGGGACCCUGACAAAGCGGGAGUGGGGGGAAAUCUUGCAAGAUGUUCCAGUCCUGUUCAAACAAAAAUGGCCUGUGGACCUUCCAUGCUCAAUACGGGAAGGUUAGGGACCGAGAAACAGGGUGAAUUAAAGGGUGAUGUCAUGGAUAGAUAGGGUUUGCAUGCCCUAUGCCCCUGUUUUAGUCCACAGGAAUAACCCACACAUGAAUACCUGGUUCUGUCGGGCAGAUAGCAAAAUAAUUGACCAAUGUUUCACCACCGAAGAAGGUGGUUGCUUUCUUUUGACAGUCUCCAAAUAUGGAAUAGUUACAUAUUCAACUCCUUUGAAUUGUAGGGAGGUAGAGAAAUGGGAAGGAGAAAGGCAGAGUCCAUAGGGCUUUCUGGGAGAUCUCCCAUCCAGGUGCUGAGCAAACUCAGACCAGCAUAGCGUCAGUGAGAUUGCUGGAUCAUGUCUCUCUGGACCAGACCCUGAGACCAGGGAGUGACUGUCUCCUUGCUCCUGAGCAGUAGUGCCUGAGUUUUUGACAUUUGUUUUACUCUUCCCACCUUGUCCCUGUUUAUUAGAAUGUAGGCCUGCAGGUAGGGUGUCUUGUUUUAAUUUCAUGUAAGCCGCUCUGGGAGCCUUUUUGGCUGAACAGCAAGGUACGAAUGCUAUAAAAUGAAUGAAUGAAUGAAUGAAUGAAUGAAUGGUGGAUGGUGAGUUGUUAUAGUCUGGGUGGUUUUGCUCACCUGGCUUCCUCACACCAUUGCCUGCUAUUGCCCCUGAGUCUCAUUCCCAUUUCCUCCUAUUGAACAUCCUAUUGAACAUUCCCAUUUCCUCCUAUUAAAGCUACAGACCUUGGAAAGAUUGGUAGCCUAGGAAUGGGGUAAGGAGAGAAGGUAAGACUCCUCCUGAGAUCUCCAAAGCGUGCCAGGCAACCCGGCUGAGACCUUAGGAAGGAUGUCUGGUGGAGGCCAGGAUGUCUCUCUUUGUAACCAAGGCUACGAUCCCAACCCUGGGAGUAAACCCAAUUGUACUCAACAGAACUUACUUCUGAAUAGACACAGUUAGAAUUGUGCUGAAAGUUGCUCUUAUAAAGGCUAAAUCUGAGUAAACAGUGUAUGUGCUUGUUUUAACUCUCAUGAAUACACAGUCCAUAGUUUGCUUUGUGCUGUCUUUGAAGUUAAUGAGAAAAUGAUCAUUGAUUUUAGGAAAAGGAAGAGUAGCCCCUGGGGCAAGGUUCAAAGACCUCUUGAAAUCAAUAACGUAGCUUUGACUUUGGUUGCAUUAGGCGCUAGGUCACAUUUUUAGUGGAAGUACAAAAAUCGAGAAAUUCCCCCAGUGGCUUCUCUACUUUUAAUCCAAAGUCUUUGACUUUGCUGCUCUCAGGUUGGUCUAAUCAGAACUUUUCCAGGUUUGCUCAUUCUCCCCCAGCAACAAACUUCAUUUGAAUAUUGUACACCUUGACCACACAAUUCAGUUUAAUAACACUGGCACCUUGAGCAUUCAAGAAUUCAGAUGCCUAUGGAAGAAGCUGCUUCAGUACCAGGUAAAGAAGUGAGUGUGUGUGUGUGUGUGUGUGUGUCAAUAUGACAGUUGAGUGGGUGGAGAUUCCAUGGAUAAGAACCUCAUUACUUUCUCACCAUUUUUUGAAGCUCCUCUAGUACUGGAGUUGAGAGGGAGGCAAUAGGGGCAAUUGCCUCCUUCCUCUCCCAGUUCUACUACUGGUGCUGGCAUAGGGAGGAGGGGUGGGGGGAAAGGGCAGGUAUCACUACCACUCUGAGAAGGCUGAGCCACCCCCUCUUUAAAAUACCAGGGUGGCACCAGGUGGAAACCAUACUGUGCAGAUAGGCAUUGUGACCUGCCUCCUCAGCCUCAAAGCUGUGCUUUUUCUGGAGAUCCCUGGAGUCCUAUAAUUCCCAGUGGUGGAAAAGGAAUUUCCUAUAGGUGAGCAGGCAAGGAUGCUGUGUGUGUCCCCACCAGGCUUCUACUAAGUCACAAGCAACUAAUAAAGGUUAAGCUUAACCUGGCAUCAGGUUCUUCCCAACCCAACCACUUUUUUACUGUUUUAAAAAUACUUCCUAACAGGAUGUGGACAGAAUUCUACCCUGGCUGCCAGAGGUUUUUGUGGCAUGCAGAAAAAAGGUUUUUUUUAAAAGAGCUGCUGUCAAGCAGGCAACAUUUAGGGGGAGGGAGAGAAAGAGAGAGAAAAGGAAGGAAAGAACCCACUGCUAGCCACCACAGCCAGCUUAAGCACCUUCUCCCCCUGCUCAGAUCUUUCAUGCAACAGUCCUGCUCACACGCCAGAAAAAAAGCAACAUAGAACCACCACCCCAUUUGCCACCUGCAGAUGGGAGUGGCAAAGUUAGGAGUGCCAUUUUGAAGUUCAAAGCUAGCCCAAAUAUUUCAACAGGAAACUAAACCCUGCAGCCUACAUAAAUUAAGCAAACAGUCACAAUCUUUCUUGUUGUGCAUAAUUUAGUCUAUUGUUUUGCACUGUUUUAUUCUGCUUCUUCUAGGCAUGGGCAGGAACAGGGCAAUGUUUUGGCCUCUGUCCUGCCUUGAAAUUGCUCCCUCCCCAUUGGGGGAUGGGAAGCUAAAGGUGAGCUAGGAACUUGAGCUGCAUCAAACCUGAACCAGAUGCUCUGUCACUGAGCUAUGACCUCCCCACCUCCCCCCCCUCUCUCUGUGUGUAGUCCUGUUCUUAGCUUGUGUCCAGAUGGGCAGAAAGGUAGCCAGACAGACACAGAGAGGCAGAUCUAUUUCCGAUGGUCCUAUCAAUUCUCCAUCUGCAGCAAAAUGGAUAACUCUGUUGUUUUGCUUUUCAGGUUAGGCCGUCUGCCAGCAUUGUCUGCUUCCCUCAGGUGGCAACAGGACCUCUGCACCCUUUGCAUUGAAUGAAGAAAGGGGUGGCAGUGGUGCAGGCGUAGCCAGCUGAGGGGUAAAUGGGUUGGUGUGCCCUGCUUACUUAGUUAUCUUCCUCUUUAAUUUUUUGUGACAGGCAGUUUUCCAGAAAAAUGACAUUCAGCAAACAGGAACCUUGGAUCAAGUAGAGCUGCAAGCAUCUGUGCAAGAAUUAGGUGAGGAAAAAGGAAGAGUUUUGUUUUUGUAGCAUUCAAGCUUGCAGACUUCCCCCAGGCAUUUGGGUGGCUUCUGUGAGCUAGUCUUGUGUUCUUUGGUCCUUAUGGGAUCCAGUCUGACUUUCUUCCAGAAAGAGCUGCAGGUUAUAAAACAGAGAUGAGGACCCUAUGACUCUCCAAGUAGAGCUCCCAUCAUCUCCAGGCCCAUGUGGCCAAUGAUCAAGGAUGAUGGGAGUUGAAGUCCAGCGACAUCUAAGGGCACCACGUUGGCCCUUUCCCCUGCUGUAAGAUACGCUGGGCAUGUGCUGAAGCCUCCUGUGCUGGACUGAUGCUGUGAUAUAGAUUACAUAGCCUUCCUAGGUCAGUGAUGGAGAACCUGUGGUCCUCCAGAUCUUGUUGGGCUUGCAUCUCCCAACAGCCCCAGCCAGCAUCCCAAUGGCAAUGGAAGCUGUAGUCCAACAACAUCCUCUAAAGGCAAAUUUGAGCAAGUAAACAUUUCAGCAAGAAACACAGUUUUCAGUAUUGUCCCAUCAUCAGGUUAUCUGUUUGGUUGCAAGUUGCUCUGAGUUGCCUAGGGUAAGAUAAUGUGGCUAGCAGUUUUAAUAAAUAAUAAUUAUCCAUGAUAAGGGCUUGGAAUCCACCUCUUUCUACCGCUUCACUCAUGGGAUUCCCAUUUAUCCAUAGAGUGGUGUCCUAAUUAAUCUGAUGUCCCACUACUCACAUUUGCUAUGUGUCAGUCAAGUACAGUGGUACCUCAGGUUAAGUACUUAAUUCGUUCCAGAGGUCCCUUCUUAACCUGAACCUGUUCUCAACCUGAAACACCACUUUAGCUAAUGGGGCCUCCUGCUGCCGCCACACCGCAGGAGCAUGAUUUCGGUUGUCAUCCUGAAGCAAAGUUCUUAACCCGAGGUACUAUUUCUGGGUUAGCGGAGUCUGUAACCUGAAGCAUAUGUUACCUGAAGUGUAUGUAACCCGAGGUACCACGGUAGUUAGUAUAUAACCCAAUGCAAGCAGCACAGAUCUGUUUUGCCAGAUCUCUGAAUCGUCACACAUUUUAGAUCAGACCAGAUAAACUGCACGCUCAAAGAACACAGUAGCAGAUUCAUUAACCUACACUGUUUUUGGAAAUGCAAGUUGUUUGUCCCACUAGAUUUUUCUAGAAAUGAGCUGAAUUGAAUCUGAGGAUUAAUUUUCAGCCACAAACUUUUGGCUCUUCAAUAAUUACGCUUGAUUAAAAAAUGGCUGUAAGGUAAAUGGUGGCAAGGUGUGGGGAAAGCAGCUUUGUUAAAUGAGAUUAGUACAGUUCACAGUGACACUGGAGCUGGAGCAUAAUUAACUUAAUUUAGCUUGAAUCUAACAUAUAGAAAGCACUAUAAAAGUUACACUUCAAAACUGUAUAUGAAAAGAAAUGAAAUUAGAAUUCAUUACAAUUCACUUGCUACACCGUAUGACAACAAUAAGCCAAUCAUCACCGGAAGCAUAAUGCAAUUAAAAAUACAGCAUUUUGAACAUCAAAUUAACAAACUUUGUGUGAUUAAAUUAAGAAAUGCAUUAUUAAUUGAUUUGGUGCACUUCCGUCGCAUAUUCCAUUGCUCUUCAUGUAACAGAUGCUUAAAUCCCAGUGAUUCUCAGCGCUUUACUUUCAUGUGCUUCAUGGCAGUAAUUUCCUAAUUGAUGGCAUGCAAAUUUCUGUGUGGUUCUGGGGAAGGGAGGGAUGGCUUCCUAAUUGAAGAAUAGUUGUCUUCCAGCAUCAUCACUGCCACCCUUUCCACUGUCUUCAUAUGUAAGGCCAGUGUAGUUAGUUUCAGCCUAUGACCGGCAAGAACCAGGUUAAAAUCCCCACUCAGCCACAAAACUUAUUGGGUGAUUCUGGCCUGUCGCUAUAUUUUAGCCUUUCCUACCCCACUGAGUUGUUUUAAGGGAUUCAAGAUGGAAUAAUAUCAAUGUAGUAAAUAAUAUAACUAGGACCAUCCACAAUCGAGUCCAACUUUCUGCCCAUGGCAAUGCCUGGGUUCUGUCAGGGUGCUGUCAGCAGUUCCUGGCUGGUUGCCCAGGAAAGUAUAAAGACAAGGGAAAGUUUCUUACUGUCCUUUUUUAUUUCAAUCUUUACAGAGAGAGGUUGUAGAACCCAGCCUCUUGGAUAAUGGCCUUGUCCCGAGUAAAUCUCCACCCCUCGUCUCUCCCACUUCCUCAUUUGUCAUUCUCAUUGUUUCUUCUACGGGUGCUGCUACGUGCCCUCUGUCUUUGGGCUCUUUGCUCUCCCACUUUUAAGGCUUGCCAGGUUCUGGGAGAUGGAGGGUUGGGAACACUUUCUAAUAACAAUGUGUCAGCCGGGUGUUGUUCCGGCUCUCCCAUGAUUUCCCAGCUUUUGCCCUCAUCUGCCUCUGAGCUGCUAUCUCCCUCAAAUGCCUGUUGUAAAUCUGUACUGUUUUCCUCCUCCUCCUCUGUAGAAGGGUCAGGAUGGGGAGAGGCGGUCUCCACCUUCCUCCUCUGCCGAGUCCCUGACAGCUUCACACCCCUCUGAUUAAAAGCAGCAUGGUGUUUUUGUAGCCGUAAGAAUGAAUGAGCAGUUUAGCCACAAUAGGUGCUAAAUGUCCAGCAGCUUUCUCACCAAAUGGGAGUUAAGUGUUCUGCACUGGGGGGGAAAGGUGGAUAAAAUUAAAUACAUGAAAAGCAGUCCAGAACUGUUUGCACUGUGAUUGCAUGUGGAAAAUCGGAGCAUUAAGCCUAAAUGUCUUUGGGGUUUUUUUUAUCUUACUAAAGGAAUCUCCCUCAGCAAUGAACUCUGCAAGCUGCUGGCCAUGCGAUAUGGGAACCCUGGUCUGAACAUCACCUUUGAGAGCUUUGCCUGCUUCAUGCUGCGUGUGGAACUCAUGAUGGGUGAGGAGGCAGAUGACUAUUUCUCUCAUGUGGGACUCCAAGCAAAAUUGGGUUUCAGUCGCAAGUCCUCUGUCUGUAACAUAAUGACUGUCUUUGGACAUUAAGGAGAGAGCAACACCGUGCAUUUAAAGCACAUUCAACACACCUUCAAAGCACAUGACUUUCCCCAAAGAAUCCUGGGAUUUUUAGUUUCUUAAGGGUGCUGGGAAUUGUAGCUUGGUGAAGGGGAAACCACAGUUCCCAUUAUUAUUUGGUGGAAAACAUGCACUUUAAAUGUGCUUUAAAUGGAUGGUGUGGAUCUGCCCUAAGAUAAACGAUAGCUUACUAGAAUGAGCCCAGGUGAGCCAUGGGCUCCCACACUUCCUCUGUUCUUCUCAAGCAUGGCUAUAAGUAGCAGAUUAUCCUUUCCUGAGAAUCAUCAUAUCAGUUUCCCUCAUUUCUUCCUUUUGCAGAGGCCUUUCACAAUACGAGUGAAGAUGGCAAAGGAAUAUAUCUUCAAGAGUCCGAGGUAAGGACACACACCUUAUUUUCUAGCUGUAGCACAGUGCCAGCUGUUAUGGAAAACAGGUUCUUCUUUUUAAUAUCCCAAUGAAUGGAGCACCUCUUGGUUGUAUAACUCUCAAAUGAUUGCAGUGAUUGACAGGACAAUGAAACCCUUGGGUCAAGAGCUCUUCCAGGAGCUUGGCUUCCUAGGUUCAUCUCUGGGGAUGGAGGAUAGUAUAAAGCAAACCAACUUAGCUCCAGAACUUCCAAGUAAACCAGAAAGCAGUUAAUAAGUGGAUUGCAUACUUCUCUGAAUUUUGCAGUGUGCUAAAAUAUAUCUGUUACAUGAAAAAUGCAAAACAACAACAACAACCCCAAACUACCCUUCCUAUUUUAGGGGGAAAUUUGUACAAAAUGCAUAUUUUAGGUUCAAUUUAAAUGCAGAGUUCUUUUUGUUUAUUUCUUAUAAAAAUCUGCAAUGAAUGGAACAAACUUAUUUUUGAAUAUGUACAAAACCGUUGGAACAGAAAUAAGUUGAUUCAUUCGAUCUAGAGACAGAGUUACUGAAUGGUUGAGCUCAGAAGGGACUACACUGACUACUGUGAACUAUACCAGGCACGCCAUAUCUGGGAAUGAUAGCAAAGUCUGGGCCACAAGAACAGAGCUGCUCCUGCCACACAGGUCUUCCUGAAGUUGGCUGGGUUGGUGGCAGAAUUAUCAUAAGAGGAGGCUUUGAUGGAGAUGCCCUUCUUCCUUGCUGAUGGCAGCGGUGGUUCUGCCUAUCUUGGUCUUGAUGGACCAAUAGAUAGAUCUGCCCUAGGGGUGCAUACCUCCAUGGACCAGGUCAUGUGAAGGAACCAAUAGCAAUGACUAGGUCAGGUAUAACAGGAGACCAUUUCAUAGGCUAGCCCCUAGUGCAGUAGAGCAGGAUAAAAUUAUUUUUAUGCAUUUCUCCUUGGUAUUCGGCAGUGGAUGAUGAUGACUCUCUAUUCAUGA